UAAAACUUGAUAAAUAUGGUAAUAUUUUCCCAUUUACAGAUUUAUCCAGAGGAGAGCCAUAUUGCGAACCCCCUUUUCCUCAUCCGGUAAAACAAAAAUCGCCGUUCGACUAUUAGUAAAAAUUGUUUAUUUUACCUGCCUAACCUAGUACAUUUUUGUGAAUUAAUCUUAUUUAUCUGCGUUAUUUUAUCAACCAAUGCAUCUUUGCUCUAUUCAUGUCAAUAUUUCGUUGCCGGUCCAUCAGUAGACUACAUUUUUUUAAUGUUACCUGUUCGCGGUGUAGAAAGGUUUUUAAACAUAAUACUAAUACGCGGCAAGUUGAGUUGGCUCAAUGAGAGUUAUGAGAGAAACAUCGCGGAAUGUUAAGAAAAAACUUAAGAAAUGUUCACGCAAUCUCGUAAUGCAUUCCGGCAAUCACAAAUUUUCACCCUGAUAUUCUAACUUGUUUUCCUGUGCGGGUGUUUUCAUUCAGUUUACAUUCGGAAAAUCAAAAUAUACCGGUACUUAUUAUUAUAAAGUUGUUGUUAUAUAUUAAAAUGGAGUCAAUAGAAACUACCAGCAUGCUUCUUAUGGGACGGGUGGAACAAGAGAAGGAUAUAAGUAUAAAGAAACUAACUUUGGAGAAAUUCUUAGACGAAGUGGAAAAUAAUUCUGCAUGGCAUAAAAUAUCAAGGUCAUCUAAUUUAUUUAAAGAUUGCAAAUGGAUCAACACCAAUCGUUCACUUGAGCUUGACGAUUUUUCUGGAAAGUUAGUUUUGAUGGACUUUUUCACAUAUUGCUGCAUAAAUUGUAUGCACAUUAUGCCAUUUUUACAUAACUUGGAAAAAAGCCAUCCAGUGACUUCAGGGUUUUUAGUAGUGGGAAUACACUCAGCCAAAUUUCCAAAUGAAAAGAUGGAUGAAAACAUAAACAGUGCAAUUUUUCGAAAUGAUAUUCUACAUCCAGUUGUCAAUGACUGUGAAAUUAAAAUCUGGGAAGAAUUUGGUGUGACAUGUUGGCCAACUUUAAUACUUAUUAGUCCCAGCGGAAAGGUGCUUUUCUCUAUACCAGGAGAAUCUCAUACAUCUUAUGUAGAAAUGUUUGUUGACGUGUCUUUAACAUUUUAUAAUUCAAGAAAUGCUCUUAAUAAAUCCCCACUUUCAAAGUUGACAUACCUGGACAACAGUAGCAUACAAACUGGAACUGACAAAACGAAACUACGUUUUCCUGGCAAGAUUGCGAUUGAUGAUGCAGGUGAAAGAAUGGCAAUAUCUGACAGUGGUAACAACAGAAUUAUCAUAUCAUCAUUAAAUGGUCCAAUUUGUCACAUUAUUGGUGGCGAAGGUUCUGGUUUCGUUGAUGGAAUUUUUGAUAACGCCAAGUUUAAUUCACCUCAAGGUAUCGCAUGGCAUGGAAAAAAUACAGUGUUUGUGGCCGAUUGCAACAAUCAUAGCAUCAGAAAGAUUGAUUUAAUAGUGAAAAGAGUUGUGACAGUAGCUGGGACUGGUGUUCAAGGGCAUGAUUUAGAAGGAGGUGCACAGGGAUUAGAACAGCCAAUUAGUUCACCAUGGGAUGUCAUUGUAGGAGGAAGCCCUCGAUUUCCAGAUGGACGAAGUAUUUUGUAUAUUGCAAUGUCGGGGUCUCAUCAAAUUUGGGCGUUUUUUCUAAAAACAACAGACUAUCAAAAAGGAGCUGAACUAGAAAUGGGAACUUGUAUUAGAUAUGCCGGGAAUGGAAAAGAAGAAAACAGAAACAACAGUUAUCCACACAAGGCGGGUUUUGCCCAGCCAAGUGGGUUAUCUUUAAAUGAAGAAUGUCACACAUUAUAUGUAGCAGACAGUGAAAGCAGCACCAUCAGAAGAAUAAAUCUUACAAAUGGAGCUGUUCAGGGCCUUGUAGGGGGAGACAUCGACCCCACGAAUCUCUUUUCAUAUGGUGAUAUUGAUGGUAAAGGUAGAGAAGCAAAACUUCAACAUCCUAUAGGUGUAGCAUGGGAUCAUAAGCGGGAUUUAUUAUACAUCGCAGAUACAUAUAAUCAUAAGAUAAAGAUUCUCAAUCCGAAAGAAAAAACAUGUAAAACCAUGGCGGGUAAUGGAAGGGAAAAUUUGAUACUCAAUGAGCCAAGUGGGCUUGCAUGCGAUCCAGCUUGUGAGAAUUUGUAUAUAGCUGACACGAACAAUCACAAAAUUAAAGUUAUUUCACUGAGCAGUGAAGAAACAAAUUCUGUUGAUUUCAAUAUUGAAAAGUAUUUUGAAAACCUUUCAAUUGAUGAGUUUGAUGGACCAAUAAAAAUGACAGUGAAACCGUUGACCAGUAAAAAAGUCAAUGCAAUUAUAUUGGAUCAGAGAAUUGUCAAUUACAACGGAACGAUCAAUAUCAGUGUUACAUGCCCUGGUUUUCAUCUGAAUCCAGAUGCUCCGUCUGUGUGUCAAAUAAGUUACAGUUUUGACAAAAGUCCUAACUUAAUUUAUCUUCUUCAGUCUGAAAACUUUAACAUAUCCGGAAAAGGUGUUUAUUCAUUUAAUGUUAGCAAACUCGAGCCAUUGCCGAAAGGCAUUAAUUCUAUUCAGCUUAACAUUUUCAUUGAAAGUGUUUUAUACUACUGCCAGGAUGACUCUGGCAUCUGUAAGAUGCACAGUUAUAAGGCUAUACUGCCUUUGCUGGUUGACUCCAGUUCUGAGGCAAUGUCGACUGAAGUUACUUUGGCCAUUUCUCAGUAAAUACCAUGUAAAUGGCAUUACCCUUUGUACCAAUUUACCCCUUUAAAUGCACUUAUUAACAAAUUUUUGCCAUUUAACAUUGUGGUGUUUAAAUACCUAUAAAUUGCCAUGCCAGCUGCCAAUACUAACUAUAGAUUGAUAGAUAAUUCAUUCUAUUAUUACUUGCACAUUAACUUACCUAAUGAUAGUCAUGUUUUUCAAGUGUUACCUUUUCUUUUGAAUAAAACUUAAAAACACCGUC